GACUCCAUAAGGAAUUCGAUCGGUUGCAAAUUUAAAAGCUGCUGUAUGAAAUUUGUCCAUGCAGUUGAUGUUUGAAGUGUACUACUUAAUUAGUGUUUCCAUUUGGAUCAUUUCUGGAGAACCAACUUUAGUAUUUUGAAAAUUUAUGUACCAGCCACUGCCACAAGUUCAUGCUUUUGAGACUUUACUAUACAAAUUGAUAAUGAAUCUACUAUUUAUGAAAAAGGGAGAAUUGUGAAAUCUGAAUUCUUUAUUUUGUGAGUUGCCUACCCACUAAACUACCUUCCGAGAAGACCGAGACGAGAAUCACAUGAUUCUAUCUAUUUAUUGUUGGUCACCUGGGUAUGAGAUUUCUCGCUGUUUUUGUUAUUCUAAGCGACUUGUAUUUGAUAGAUGAAGGUAUGUGAUUAUGAAGAUGCUACAAUCUUAGUUUCAGGAACCUCCUAUCGGGGUAUCGAAUCCUCCUCAGAACCUCGCUCUCAUGCUCCCAAACCAGACACUCCUAGGAAUGUCGCUCCCAUUGAGAAGGAACCCACUUCCAACUAGAAUGGAACAUCUUACGCAGCUAAAUCCUAAAAGAAACAGAAGUAAAAGAUAUCAAACUACAGAAAAUGUGAAGUACUCUGUCCCUGAUUCACCCCUGCUUCGUGCAACUAAGGCUACAAUAUUCAAUUGCUAUACAAUUAUAAUAUUCCGUAACGAAGAUUGUGUGGCCUUGAAAAUAAGAAUCUUAGAGUAUGAUUGUGCUUGUCUUUGUUUGAAUUGUGCUCUACAAAAAAGUCUGUAAUUGAGACUGUUCCACCCUAGCUUCGAUUUGGUAUACCAUAGUAUUCUAUCUCGUUAAGCAAACCAACGGUCUGUGUGUGGAUUUAGCAUUGGAUUCAUAGUCACAGAAAGGAUCUCAAGUAUCAGAUUGAGGCAUCUCAUGCAAUGUUCAGCUUGUGGUAGCCUAAUUUGUUUAGAGUUGCGAAAGGUUAAAGGUGAAAAUUGCAAAGUAGGAUGAACAAGAGGAAUAAUCAUAUCUUCAAGACCAAAUACUCAGACACAUACUACAAAAGUUCGCAUCAUCUCACAGCAUCGAUUUUUUCUGAUCCAAUAGUCGUUGGGUUCGAUUUGAAGCAAUUUUUGUUAAUCAUGUUUGAUUUAUGUUACUAAAUGAUAGUGUUUUGAAUUCAGAUGCCUCCACUAGUUUACGUUUAUAUCACCCCUGGCCUACUGAAAUUCAAACACAAGAGGCAACCAUUAUUACCCCUUGAAAUUGGUAAGUACAUCAUUUUUCAUCUUCUGAAAUUAAGUUCCUCGUUGGAUUUUAGAUAUUCAAUUGUAGAUUUCUACUCAUUGAGCCAUUUUCUUAUGUAAUUUCUUCUGGAUAAGUCGUAAUUCGAAAUUUUCUCGGGCAUUGACAGAUGUGAAGGUUGACAAAAUCAACGCAUGAAUGGCCAACUUACAUCUCCCCCCUUUCGUGGUUGCUAAAAUGAGCUUCUCUCUUCCAUGUUUAGAUGGAUCUUCAUCAAAUUAUCCUCCUGUACUUGCUGAAAAUCGAAGACGAUGAAGUCAAACAACCCACCCUAACCAUUACAAAUACAUUUCCCCAGUGCUUUAUCAAAGCAUUCGUGGAAGCCACCAAACACCUCUUCCGGCAAUCCUUCCUGUUAAACCAUGGUUCGAUUUAGCCACGUUGUGGUUUCAAUCAUAAAUGUUCUAGCUCUCCUUUGGUCCAUCUUCAUCAUUUUCGUGUUCUCAUCUGUUGUCAAUGAUGGCCCUAUCGAAUGCAAUGCAUUUGAUCCAAUACAAAACUUGCUCUAUGGGGUAUUUUUAUUUUCCUUGUCUUUGGUGGCUUUGAUAGGUGCAAUUCGGGCAAAUAGGCGGUUGCUGUUGGUGUAUGUGGGGGUGCUGUUUGUUUGGUUCGUUUGGCUUGUUUUGUCGUCGGCUUUCUUGUUGGUGGUGUCAAAGGUGAGUGACGCAAAGGCACUGAAGGAUCAUAGAGAAUAUCAGCUCAACGAGUACCCAGGGUGGUUGCGGAGAUACGCCGUGGAUGGAAAGAGAUGGGUUCCCAUCAAGAGGUGCAUGGUGAGAGACCAACUCUGCAAAAGUCUGCUCUUUGAAAAGGAUACGUCUGAAGAUGGUAAUCUACGGAUUGGAAAACCGUCCAUUUUGUACAGUUGUUGCCAACCUCCUUUGCACUGUGGGUUUGUGAACACGAACGACACCUAUUGGGAGGUUCCGAAAUCAGGCAUUCUAUCUGAAGAUCCAGACUGCCAAUCAUGGAGGAACGAAUUGGACCAAGUGUGCUAUGAUUGCAACUCAUGCAAGGCUGGGUAUAUAAGAACGCUAAAGAACGAGUGGUUGGGGAAUGCAACAUUGCAGGCCGGUUACUCUGGCUUUAUCUUCAUCGGCUUCUGGAUUGCGUUUUGGGCUUUCCGACAAGCUCCGAUGGAGGACCACCACCACACAGCCAACAAUGUUUCUGCUGCUUGAACUAUUAUGCAUUUAUAGACGAGCCCCAAUUAUGAAAGCAUGAUAUGGGGGAGAUUAGCAGCAAGUGUAAAUGUCCUUGUGGAAAUCAGUAUAAUACAAUUAUGAGGAUGUUUCAGGG